CGCUCUGCCCACCCCCUGCCCGCAGAGCGCUGCUCGCCGUGGCCGCAGUUACCUGCUCCGCGCGGCGAGCACGUGCGGGGGCCGACGGACACCCCAGCUUCUCGGGAGGCCAGUCCCCCAGGCCCACAGGUGCAGAGAUUGUGGGCAGACUAAGUGUUCACUGCGGAGGGGGAAGAGGAGGGAUCGGCACUCUCCAGCGGCGGCGGCGCGGCCACUCGGCUAGGCGGAGUUUCGCGGCGGCUGCGCCCGGCUUUGGCUCGCCGGCGAGGAGGUCGCCCUGUCCUGCCCGGCGACCGCGAGUCCGACUCGGGGCGUCCCCGAGGCGUCCAAGCAGCUAGCGCACACUCCGGACCCUCUGUGCUACACCGGCAGCGUCCAGCCAGUAUGGAGAAGGACAGCCUGAGCCGUGCCGACCAGCAGUAUGAGUGCGUGGCGGAGAUCGGCGAGGGCGCCUAUGGGAAGGUGUUCAAGGCCCGCGACCUGAAGAACGGCGGCCGCUUCGUGGCUCUGAAACGCGUGCGAGUGCAGACCGGAGAGGAGGGCAUGCCGCUCUCCACCAUCCGCGAGGUGGCGGUGCUGAGGCACCUGGAGACCUUUGAGCACCCCAACGUGGUCAGAUUGUUUGAUGUGUGCACUGUGUCACGAACAGACAGAGAAACCAAACUUACACUGGUGUUUGAGCACGUUGAUCAAGACUUGACCACCUACUUGGAUAAAGUUCCGGAUCCUGGAGUGCCCACAGAAACCAUAAAGGAUAUGAUGUUUCAGCUUCUCCGAGGUCUGGACUUUCUUCAUUCUCACCGGGUAGUGCAUCGUGACCUAAAGCCACAAAAUAUCCUGGUGACCAGCAGUGGACAAAUCAAACUGGCUGACUUUGGCCUUGCCCGCAUCUAUAGUUUUCAAAUGGCCCUUACGUCAGUGAUCCCUUCGCUGUUACAGGUUGUUACACUGUGGUACCGAGCCCCAGAAGUCUUGCUCCAGUCCAGCUACGCCACGCCCGUGGAUCUCUGGAGUGUCGGCUGCAUAUUUGCAGAGAUGUUUCGCAGAAAGCCUCUUUUUCGUGGAAGUUCAGAUGUGGAUCAACUAGGAAAAAUCUUGGACGUGAUUGGACUCCCAGGAGAAGAAGACUGGCCCAGGGAUGUUGCUCUUCCCAGACAGGCUUUCCAAUCCAAAUCUGCCCAACCCAUUGAGAAAUUCGUGACAGACAUUGACGAACUAGGCAAAGACCUACUUCUGAAAUGCUUGACGUUUAAUCCAGCGAAACGAAUAUCUGCCUAUGGCGCCCUGAAUCAUCCAUACUUCCAAGACCUGGAGAGGUACAAGGACAGCCUGCACUCCCACCUGUCAUCCAGCCAGACCCCCUCAGAGCUGAGCACAGCCUGAGGUCUGUGGGGGACACCGUGAGCUGAGCACAGCCUGAGGUCUGUGGGGGACACUGUGAGCUGCUUGUCUAAGCAUGUUGGUGGCUGAUGAGUCCCCUGAGAAAGCCUUGCAGAGCAGUUGAAGAUGGCUGGCUGCGGACCUUCCAGAUGCCAGCUUCUGAAUGGGCUCUGCUUCACCAAGGAGACCACCUAGUUUACUCUUCCAAAAUCAAUGCAAGAGCGAUUGUGGCUUUAUGUUCGCUCACCUGUUUGUUGCCUGUCUAUUUGAAGAACCUGGAAAACUUCCAGAUGAAGAGAAGCUGCUGACCCAUCAUGCUGCCAUUUCAGUUUCUAACCUUGAGUGCUGCCCACUGUGGGAUGAUAAUCUAAGUCCAGCUGAGUUAUGACAUCAUCUCUGCAGUUUCUGGGCCUGCUUUGGUACGUGUGUGUGUGUGUGUGUGUGUGUGUGUGUGUGUGAGAGAGAGAGAGAGAGAGAGAGAGAGAGAGAGAGAGAGAGAGGCGGGGGGUGGUCCUGAUCUUGUAAAGUGUUAACUUUUUGUAGACAACAAGAAUAAUUGAAUUUUAAAGACUAAGGUGAGGGCUUAGUACAAUGAAGGUGAUUCAGCAGUGUAUUUCUCUCCAGGUAGAAAGGUGAGCCUAUGACCUCAGUAUUUCCUUUCUGUCCAAAAGUUUUUGCUAGCUGUAAACGAUAAAGUUUUGGACACCACAAAAACGAGAAAGUAAAAGGGAGGGGAAACCUGGUGUCUCGAAAGAGACUUUUUCUAAGCAUGCAUUCUUCUGUUUGCUCUUUGGAAAGCUGAAUAUACUUGUCCUAAAUUCUAUGUAUAGUACAGUACCUAAUUCUUUCUCUGGGGAAAGCCCUAUAAGCAUUUUAUUACUUGCAAUAGAUUUAGGGACUGUACUUCAAAUAAGUUUUAAAGAUAAAGAAAGCCUAUAUUUCCUGAUUUGAAAUGUUAUUGUUUCCUUUGCAUUUCUUACUAUUUUGUUCUUUGUUUUAGAGAGUUGCUCCCUUCUCUGAGUUGGAGAUGGUUCUGACUAGAGACAGGAAUGCCAUGUGGUUCUCUCUACCUACCACCCCCCGUACUUUCCACCGUGCAUUUGCCUUGUUCUGAUUUGUUUGUAGAGUGCCCACCUUCUCCAUCGCCAGCAUGUCUAACACAUGUUCCUACCAUGCCUGGCUGCCCCCUACACCACACCUGUUUGCCUGCCUACUGUCUUUCACUGAAUGCUUUGCCACCAGACUUAUUUAUGGUUUAUGGCUCCAAUUCUGCAAUCCAUUAGGGACCCUAUUAAGGGUCCUCCUACAUUUUCGUGAUGUAGUCUUCCCAUCUGCUGUCACUGAGGUCACUUGUUCCCUGUGUCACCACCAUAUAGAUUGCUGUCAGGUGUCAUUUGGUGUUUUACAUUUUUAUAGAGUGGAUUGUGGAUGAAAUGUCUAAGGGGAUGGGUGUCUUUCCCUCUUUUUAGAGAUAAUUUUCUACUUUCUAAGGGGGAUGAGUGUCUUUCCCCCUUUUAGAGAUAACUGUUUACUUUCUGAGGUGACUGCUCUCUCCAUCCCCAGGAUGGGCUUUAUCUGGUGCCUUGUGCUCAGCCCUGCUUUCUGUAGAGCCAGCCUGGCCGGGGCUUCAUAGACAACUCUUCCCUGCUGUUCGCUCCCAGUCCUUUAUAUUCCAUGCUACUUUUGCCUUAUCCACAGGUUUAGUGCACUAGUAAUUAGAAAGCGUAGAAAGCAGCUUUGGGGAAGUUUAGCUGUGUUUUAAUCAUGUUUGGAGUGCAUGUAAAUAGAAACUAGAUCAUGUUUCAACAUAGAACUUGGAUAGAAUGAACAAUGUCAGAUUUCAGAUGGUGUAUUCUGAAGCCUUAUACUGAGGUGUUGUUUUUUUUUUUUUUGUAGCUGAAUAAUGCUUGUGAUUAUCUUGAAUAGAAGUGAGUUAGGUGCCCUUCCUAUGAGCUUUGGGGGGCUGGGAGUCAGUCUUUUUCCUUUUUACAUUCUUCUGAUUCACUAUCUUUAGAAACAAGAUUUUUUUUUCCAAAAGCUAGGCUGUAUGAAUGUUGUGUGUAUCAUCAUUACAGCCCUGGGACGUGUUGUGAGUGAUGUCAAAGCUCAGAUGAACUCAGCGCAGCCGACAGGUCUACCCUAAGUCUCAACAAGACAAUGGGUUCUGCUUUGCCUUCAGCAAGGUUCAAAAUGUAGGCUUUUGCUGGAGCCUAGAAAUUGAAUAUAAAAUUCACUUCACCAUGGCCUACUCCAUUUUGGAUUGGCAUCCAUGUGAUAAAGUGAAAAUAAUUUUGAGGGUUUUUACUUUUGGAAAAAAAAAAAUAGUGUCUCCCCCGAAUUGCUUUGUUUGAGAAAAAUACAGCUGUCUUAAACUGGAA